UGGCGGGAGGGGCUGGAGGAGACCAAGCGCAACCGGGCCCUCAGCGAGAAGCGCCGCCUGGAGCAGGAGGCCUUGCCCCGGCCUGCCCCGACGCCCCCCGAAUCUACUAACCCCUUCGAGGAGGAUGACGAGGAGGACGAGGAGCCCCCUGCCGAGGAGGAGAUGGUCGACCUCUCCCUUGAGUGGAUCCAGGAGCUGCCUGAGGACCUGGACGUCUGCAUCGCUCAGCGGGACUUUGAGGGGGCGGUGGACCUCUUGGAUAAACUUAACGAGUACCUGGGGGACAAGCCUGUGAGCCAGCCUGUGAAGGAGCUGCGGGCCAAGGUGGACGAGCGGGUCCGGCAGCUCACGGAUGUGCUGGUCUUUGAGCUGUCUCCGGACCGCUCGCUGCGAGGAGGGCCACGGGCCACCCGCCGGGCUGUAUCCCAGCUCAUUCGCUUGGGCCAGUCCACCAAGGCAUGCGAGCUCUUCCUGAAGAACCGUGCGGCUGCUGUGCAUACGGCCAUCCGACAGCUGCGCAUCGAAGGUGCCACGCUGCUCUACAUCCACAAACUCUGCCAUGUCUUUUUCACCAGCCUCCUAGAGACAGCAAGAGAGUUUGAAACGGACUUCGCUGGCAACAAUGGCUGCUACUCUGCCUUCGUUGUGUGGGCCCGUUCUUCCAUGAGGAUGUUUGUAGAUGCCUUCAGUAAGCAGGUAUUCGACAGUAAAGAGAGCUUGUCUACUGCAGCAGAGUGUGUAAAGGUAGCUAAAGAGCACUGCAAGCAGCUCAGUGAGAUUGGACUGGAUCUUACCUUCAUCAUUCAUGCCCUUCUGGUAAAGGAUAUCAAAGGUGCUUUGCAGAGCUAUAAGGAUAUCAUCAUUGAGGCCACCAAGCAUCGCAACUCUGAAGAGAUGUGGAGAAGGAUGAACCUAAUGACCCCAGAGGCUCUGGGAAAACUCAGAGAGGAGAUGAGAAGCUGCGGGGUAGGCAAUUUUGACCAAUACACUGGUGAUGACUGCUGGGUCAACCUUAGCUAUACUGUGGUAGCUUUCACUAAGCAGACUAUGGCCUUCUUGGAGGAAGCGUUAAAGCUUUACUUUCCAGAGCUGCAUAUGGUUCUUUUGGAGAGUCUGGUGGAAAUCAUCCUCGUGGCUGUGCAGCACGUUGAUUACAGUUUACGGUGUGAACAGGACCCUGAGAAGAAAGCAUUCAUUAGGCAGAAUGCAUCCUUCCUUUAUGAAACUGUCCUUCCUGUUGUGGAAAAAAGAUUUGAGGAAGGAGUGGGAAAGCCAGCCAAGCAGCUACAGGAUCUGAGAAAUGCUUCAAGACUGAUGCGUGUAAAUCCAGAAAGUACCACCUCUGUGGUGUGAAGUCAAGUAACUGUUCUCAUGAACAGUGUGUGAGAGCGCUUACAGAAAAUGUUGUACAUUAAAUAUGAACUAAAUCUUUUCUGGAUCCCUGAAAAACUUGGAAGUCUAACUGCAACCUUCCUGAAGCUGAAAACUUGCAAUCAAAACCUGCAGUGAUGAAAACCUUUUUUUUUUUUUUUUUUUUUGUUAAGAUUCAAGUCACAUGCCCUUAAACAGCAUGUCCUUUCACAAUGGCUUAUGUACUGUUUGUGACUUGGGAAGUAACAUAAAAUACAAUUUUUGGCCAAAUAAAAUGUUUGUGAAAGUCUUAAAUAGAUGAACACCAUACAGCAGGAAAAGAUCACUUCUAAUUAUGUCACUGUAUGAAUUCUUUUUUUAAGGCAGUGUUCCUGCAGAAGGGGAAGUGCUGAAACACUCCUAGGGUGUGGUAAUCGGUUAAGCCUGUCCACCAUCCAGAUGUGACUCAGCACUACAGAUAAACAACAUGGAUUUGCACAGUCUGAUUUGUUUGGCAGUGGUGCAGGCUCUUCAGUUUCUCUGACAUACAAACACUUUUUGUUCACUUCAGAGACAGAUCUAAAUUAAAAAUCUUACUUGAAUAGGUAUUUGCGUUUGAGUGAAGGGGUUUCUUGUUCUCUUUAAUAAGCUGACCUGUCAGCUUAAGUUGCACCUUUCUGAACACAAAAUUUCUACUGUCAGAAACACUUGUUCCCUUCAGAGAAGAAGUGAGAAUAAUUUUCUUCCCUCCCCCUUUGUGUUCCCCUUCCUUGUUUUCUCGUGGAAUUCAUUGAGGGCAAGUCCAUUAGGUGUAGUAUGCUCUCUUGCUUGAGGAAAUGUCAUAAAUGCAUUAUGGGCUGUUGCCUACUGGUAGAAACCGUAGUUAAGAGGCGCGUAUGCUCCUGAGAUGUGCAAGGCAGGGAGCGGGUCUUAAUCAAGGUACUCUGUGUCUACAAGAAACAGCAUUCUAGUUCUGCUGUACAGAAGCAGCACAGGAGAAAGAGUCUGGAAGUAAAGCUUUUCAUAACUGACACAAUCUUGAAAAUGUACACUCUAACUCUCCUGAAAUUAUGUGUAUUAUUUCCGGUAAUACAGCAAUAACUAAGAAGAGCUAUGCUUUUUACAGAAAGCAUGGAGACUGUGUUUGGUUAAGAAGUCCAAUGUGGAUGCAUUUCAAAGCUAAAAUAGCAGUGUUCUCCCACAGUUAAGUGUGCUUUAGCCCUGUAAUUGGGAGAUUUACAACUGGGUUUACAUCUGGAUUAUUCCAGAUCUGCUUUGUGGCUUGAGUGCCGGGUGAGGGACAUUUAUGCCUGAUUGCUUGGAUGAAGGAUGAUGGCUAUCUCAUUCAGUAUGUCUCUGAAAAUAAAGUAAGCCAAAUCUUACACGGAGACUGUCUUCAGAAGGCUGUCAGCAUCCUCUUCCUAGCUGCUUAAACUUCUUCCACUUUAGCACAGACCUUCUUAGUUGUGAGAAAAUGAUGUUACAAUUAAUAACCUUGUAUUAGACUCUUAAUAAGUGAUCUUAACUGGAGUAACUGAGUAUCCUAUUCCUCUUAACUCUUUAAAUGAAAGCUUUUGCAAUUUGUAUCUUGGUAAUGAAUGCCUCAUGACUGCAUGAACAAACAAAAGAUAUAACCAGUAAAGCAUUCUGGGUAACUGCUUGUAUUGGAGCCUCUUCAUUUUUCCGUUUUUUCACCCUGCUAGUUGAAUGCAGUUUAAUUUUCACCUUAGUGGCUAGUUUUCAUCCUCUUGUUCUUUGGGUGCCUUUUGAGCUGUCACAUUUCACAAAGCAUCCUGCUGUGUCUGCUCACUUGCUCUUCAGUGUUUGGGCAUUUUGCUAGCAAAUCACAGAAAAAAAACUGAGCAAGAUGUUUCUAGAGGGUAGCUUAGUGCUCUUAGCUAAAGUUGAUUGAAAACCACUGAAAUAGCUAUUGCUUUUAUCUUAAAUUACAGUGAUUGCGAGAGUUAGUACUUGUGUGGACAUUACCUUUAAGAGACAGCCACCUGGGUGUUAUUUCACUAGUAAAUUGUCUUUGACGCCAGAACCUAGUGAAAUCUGUUGAAGUAAUAUAUUCUAUCUCAUCUGUUCAAAGUAGGCAAAGGUAGCAGCCAGGCUUUACUUAGUCUAAGAAAUAUUUUCAAGUGGAUUGUAAUUGAGAGUUCUCCGUGAUGUUGGGUAUUCUGGAGGAGAGGGAAAGGGGAGGGUUUUUUCCCUGAAGAAAAAUAUAUUUUAUUGUUUGCUUUACAGCAGAAGAAAGCAUCUUUACUUGUGAGCACAGAACAAAUACAGAUGAGCCUUACAUCAUUUUUUUUUGCUGUGCAAGAGAAGGGUAACCUGUGGAACUACUUUUCAAGGCUCUGGUUAUUUGUUAUGUUUGAGGAUUUUGUGCAAGAAUUAUUGAAUUAUAGAUUCCUGAUUCCCAGCACUGGCAUGCGAUUGAAUAGGAGGAGAGGUCUGUUCAGGCUUCUGUUACAAGCUGGUGAAGCGCAUCUUAUUCUCAUCAGUGGAUAAAAUGUA